AUGGCGAUCAAGCACAACAACGUUAUCCCCAACACCCACUUCCACAAGGACUGGCAACGUCGUGUCCGCGUGCAUUUCGACCAGCCCGGCCGCAAGCACCGUCGUCGUGAAGCUCGUCUGGCCAAGGCUGCUGCUGUCGCUCCUCGCCCCGUCGACAAGCUGCGCCCCGUUGUGCAAUGCCCUACCAUUAAGUACAACCGUCGUGCCAGGGCUGGCCGCGGUUUCACUCUCCAGGAGCUCAAGGAGGCUGGCAUCGCCCGCAAGCUCGCUCCCACCAUCGGCAUCUCCGUCGACCACCGCCGCAAGAACAUCUCCCAGGAAUCCCUUGCCGCCAAUGUCGCCCGUCUCCAGGAGUACAAGAACCGCCUGAUCCUGUUCCCCCGCAAGAGCGGCCAAUUCAAGAAGCUCGACGCGUCUGCCGACGACGUUGCCGCUGCCAAGAAGGCUUUCGCCGCCGAGGGCAAGGUUGAAGGAUACGUCACCAAGGCCUCGACUGUCGUCCCCAUCAAGAACACUACUGCCGCCCAGGCCGUCACUGAGAUCAGCCGCUCCGAUCUUCCCGAGGGCGACAAGUCUGCUUUCCGCAGACUGCGUGAGGCCCGCAGCGAGGCCCGCUACUUGGGUGCUCGUGAGAAGAGAGCCAAGGUCAAGGCUGAGGAGGCCGAGGCUGCUAAGAAAUAG